CUCCACCGCUUGACUUGAUACGGACACCAAAAAAAACAACAACAACAACAACAACGGAAAACAAGGCAACAGGCACCGGUCACACUCUGCACAUGUCUGCCAUUGCUAUGAAAUGAGGGCACCAUGGGCGCCAAAGAGUCACGGAUAGGCUUCCUUUCGUAUGACGAGGCCGUUAAAAGAGUCACUGAUGUGGAGCUUAAACGUCUGCGAGAUGCCUUCAAGAGGACCAGUGGCCUGUCCGUCUAUAUGACCCAGCAAUGCUUUUACAAGGAAGUACUGGGCGAUGGAGUCCCACCUAAGGUUGCAGAGGUGAUCUACAACUCUUUUGGUGGCACAUCCAAAGGGCUACACUUCAACUACCUGAUUGUCGGGCUAGUUCUAUUAACAAGAGGACGUGAUGAAGAGAAAGCCAAAUACAUCUUUAGCUUGUUUGCCAGUGAUUCAGGCACCUAUAUUGUCCGGGAUGAUGUGGAGAACAUGCUGCGUUCAGUGGAUGGGGAAGUCCCGCCUUCUCUUAGGAAGUGCUUCACUGAGGGAGAGAAGGUGAAUUAUGAUAAGUUUAAGAGCUGGCUCCUGCAGAAUAAAGAGGCUUUCACAUUCUCCCGCUGGCUACUGUCAGGAGGCGUGUGUGUCACCUUGACCGAUGACAGUGACACACCCACCUUCUACCAAACCCUGGCAGGUGUCACACACUUAGAAGAAUCCGACAUUAUCGACUUGGAAAAGCGCUACUGGCUGCUGAAAGCCCAGUCAAGGACAGGUCGUUUUGAUUUGGAAACCUUUGUCCCUCUGGUUUCACCCCCUAUUCAUGCAUCACUAAGUGAAGGCUUGUUUCAUGCCUUUGAUGAGAAUCGGGACAAUCAUAUUGACUUUAAAGAGAUAUCGUGUGGACUCUCAGCAUGUUGUCGGGGCCCUGUGGCUGAGAGGCAAAAGUUCUGCUUUAAAGUGUUUGAUGUAGAUCGGGAUGGAGUUCUGUCCAGGGAUGAGAUCCAUGAGAUGGUGGUGGCACUGCUGGAGGUGUGGAAGGAUAAUCGCACAGACACCCUACCCGAGUUUGAUUCCAGCGUGUCAGACAUUGUAGAGGACAUACUGAAAAUGCAUGACACAACAAAACAAGGGCACUUAACACUGGAGGACUAUCAGAUAUGGAGCGUGAAAAGUGCCCUCGCCAAUGAGUUCCUCAACCUGCUGUUUCAGGUGUGUCAUAUCGUUCUGGGCCUACGUCCAGCUACCCCUGAAGAGGAAGGCCAGAUCAUUAGGGGUUGGCUUGAGAGGGAGAGCAGGCAUGGACUGCAGCCAAGUCAGAACUGGUUCCUGAUUUCCAGGCAGUGGUGGCAGCAGUGGAAGGACUAUGUCAGAUAUGAUAAUAAUUCCAUUGUCGUGGAGCAGCCAUCAAUGCAGGGCAGUGGGUUGAGAAGUCCUCAAUCCACAGCAUCUGUAGAGUCUUUUCUGAACAGAGUUGGAACAGUGGCUCGUUCCCCCAGUUCCCAAGAGGAAAAAUUCCCUGACAAUAUGUCCAGCUCAUCAGAGGCCUCAGAAACCACUGGGAAUAGCCUGACUCCACACAUCAGUUCCUCUGCCACCGACGUCUGCUUCGCUCGACAGUACAACAUCUCCGACAACAACAACCAGUGUUUCUCCAGCGCCAAUGGUCAUUUGCCCAGCAGCAUGGCCGCACAGAGGCCGGGGGCCAUUGAUAACCAGCCACUAGUAACCACUGAGCCCAUGAAGGCUCCCACACUGACAAUGGAAGGAGGUCGUCUGAAGAAAUCCCAGCAGCUGAUUGCUGGCCGGGACUUUGAGACGGUGCCAGAGCCAGUAUGGAGGGCACUUUACCACUGGUAUGGGGCCAACCUCAGCCUGCCACGACCGGUCAUCAUGUCUACACUCAAGAGACAGCCAGAACUGGAGCUUUUCCCCCGGUACCUUCUCUUCCUGCGACAGCAGCCAGCUACACGCACCCCACAGUCCAACAUCUGGGUCAAUAUGGGUAUGACCAGCCUGCGAAUGUUCCCUCCAAACAUGCCCAGAGGAAACGUUCCUUCUCCUAACGCUCCUCUGAAGCGUGUGCUGGCGUACACAGGCUGCUUCAGCAGGAUGGGCACCAUUAAAGACAUUCAUGAGUACUUAUCCCAGAGGUUACGCAUCAAAGAAGAGGAUAUGCGCCUCUGGCUCUACAAUAGCGAGAAUUACCUCACUCUUCUGGAUGAUGAAGAUCACACUUUAGAAAGUUUGAAAAUUCAAGACGAACAGCACUUAAUCAUUGAGGUUCGAAACAAAGACAUGAGCUGGCCAGAAGAAAUGUCUUUCAUUGCGAACAGCAGCAAAAUCGACAGACACAAAGUCCCUACUGAGCAGGGCGCCACAGGCUUGAGCAACCUGGGGAACACAUGCUUCAUGAACUCCAGUAUUCAGUGUGUUAGCAAUACCAAGCCCCUCACAGAGUACUUUAUCUCAGGGCGACACCUUUAUGAGCUAAACAGAACCAAUCCAAUCGGAAUGCGAGGUCAUAUGGCCAAAUGCUAUGGGGAUUUGAUACAGGAACUUUGGAGUGGAACCCAGAAGAAUGUUGCACCUCUGAAACUCCGGUGGACCAUAGCAAAGUAUGCACCGAGAUUCAACGGCUUCCAGCAGCAAGAUUCCCAGGAGCUCUUGGCCUUCCUAUUGGAUGGGCUUCACGAAGAUUUGAAUCGUGUGCAUGAGAAGCCGUAUGUGGAGCUGAAGGAUAGUGAUGGACGGCCAGACCUUGAGGUGGCCACUGAGGCCUGGGAAAACCAUUUGCGAAGAAAUCGUUCAAUCGUGGUGGACCUUUUCCAUGGGCAGCUCAGGUCCCAAGUGAAGUGUAAGACCUGUGGCCACAUCAGCGCUCGUUUCGACCCCUUUAACUUCCUUUCACUGCCGCUGCCCAUGGACAGCUCCAUGCACUUAGAAAUCACAGUUAUCAAACUUGAUGGCUCCACGCCAGUCCGGUACGGGCUCCGUCUCAACAUGGAUGAGAAGUACAUGGGCCUGAAGAAACAGCUGAGUGAGCUAUGCAGCCUGAAACCUGAGCAGAUCCUACUGGCUGAAGUCCUCACCUCCAACAUCAAGAACUUUCCUCAGGACAACCAGAAGGUGCGACACUCUGCGAACGGAUUCCUCUGUGCGUUUGAGAUCCCUGUGCCUGGCUCACCCACCUCAGUCACCUCUCCGGUACAAACAGAAUCUGCACCAAUGGCUAAUGGGACAGCUGGAAACAAUCACAUUGGAAAGUCUGGACUUAUUCCCAAUGGCAUGCCAAGCACGGUGGUUCCCUGUGCACCUGAGAAGCCCCUCAUCAACGGUAUCCCUAACGGCCACACUGUGCCAGUGCAAGACAGUCCCUUCAUUGGGUACAUCAUUGCCAUGCACAGAAAGAUGAUGCGGAUGGAGCUGUACUUCCUGUCCUCUCAGAAGAACAGGCCAAGUCUGUUUGGUAUGCCGCUGAUAGUUCCAUGCACAGUGCACACCAGUAAGAAGGACCUGUAUGAUGCUGUGUGGAUCCAGGUGUCGCGGCUUGCCAGCCCUCUGCCCCCACAGGAGGCCAGCAACCAUGCUCAGGACUGUGAUGACAGUAUGGGAUAUCAGUACCCCUUCACUCUGCGGGUGGUGCAGAAAGAUGGUAACUCUUGUGCCUGGUGUCCUUGGUACAGGUUCUGCAGAGGCUGCACAGUGGAGUGUAACGAUGACAGAGCAUCAUUGGGAAAUGCCUACAUCGCUGUAGACUGGGACCCCACCGCCCUACACCUUCGUUACCAGACCUCUCAGGAAAGGAUAGUGGAAGAGCAUCCUAGUGUUGAGCAGAGUCGGCGUGCUCAGGCCGAGCCCAUCAGCCUGGACAGCUGUUUAAAAGCCUUUACAAGUGAAGAAGAGCUGGGAGAGGAUGAGCUCUAUUACUGCUCCAAGUGCAAGACCCACCGCCUGGCCACCAAGAAGCUGGACCUCUGGAGGCUGCCCCCCAUACUGAUUGUUCAUUUGAAACGCUUCCAGUUUGUCAACGGCCGUUGGAUUAAGUCUCAGAAGAUUGUGAAGUUUCCGCGAGAGAGCUUCGACCCCAGUGCGUUCCUAGCCCCACGGGAGGUGGCUCAGAGCAUGGGCAGCCUGCAGAGCCAGAGCGAGUGCUUGGUAGAGGAGCUCCAGAAGCUGGAGAGUGGAGACUCCUCUGUGUCUUCUGUCUCAACUACUACUGUGGCCAGUCCUCCCACCUCUGGCAAAGGCACCCCAUGCUCAAUCAGGAGGGUAGUCAGCCCACUAAGCAGAAACAGUAGCCCCAGUAGCAGCCCCAGGAACACGGGACGGAAACAGGGCCGUCUGCGUCUGCCCCAGCUGGGCAGUAGACAUCGGCUGUCAAACAGCAAAGAAAACCUGGACAGCAGUAUCACAUGCAGCAGCAAGGAGGGCGAGACAGAGCCAGAACAAGGCAUAGUGACGGAUGGGGAGAAUCAGGGGACGGUCAUGCUGUCUGACGCAAACACACAGGACUCCUGGUCAUUGGAUGCCUCAAGCACAGACUGUGAUGUCAUCAUGGUGAAUGGACUGGGACAAGACAGCAGUCAGAGUAAUGGACACACAGAGGUCAGCGCAGAGCUGGACACCCCUCACCAAAGAGAUGACAUCUGCCUGGAGCCCCUCUACAAUUUAUAUGCAAUCUCAUGCCAUUCAGGAAUAAUGGGAGGGGGGCACUAUGUGACUUAUGCCAAAAACCCCAACGAAAAAUGGUACUGUUACAACGACAGCAGCUGCAAGGAAGUUCACUCGGAUGAGAUUGACACCGAUUCAGCUUACAUCCUGUUCUACGAACAGCAGGGAGUGGACUACUCGCAGUUUCUGCCAAAAACAGAGGGCAAAAAGAUGGCAGACACCACUAGCAUGGACGAAGACUUUGAAUCUGACUACAAAAAGUACUGUGUGCUUCAGUGAUGUCAUGCUCUUUCACAUGAAAGACACUAGGGAAAUCCGUCGGUAUGCCAGUGCAAUGAAGACUGAAACGGCAGCGCUGCCCCAAAGGACCAUCAUUUGUGAAAGCACAAAAUAUCAGUUAGUUGACUGGCCUAACUCCGCCACUGACUGCACUUUCAGAACAGAGGUGACCUGACAGUUCAUUUAGACGAGUGAGGGGGUGCGUGAGGGACAACAUGUGAAUGGGUGAAUAGAGAGAGAACUGUAGCGAUUAUGUCAUUGUUGCCAAGCAAACAAAAUUACUCUGUACUGGACUGGAAGUUGGCCAAUCCCUUGAUAGCACGAUUACCAGACAAAACUGGGCGUUCUUUUACAUUGCAGCCUACACAGGCAAACAAAGAAAAUCGCAUAACGAUAAAAAAAAUGCUGUGUUUAUAUCACUGUAUCAGACACAAGCGUAUGCUCCUUUAUUGCUAAUUUUUUGGAAUGCUAAUAGCGAGAAUCUAUUAUUUUAAUUAGGAAACUGAUCUAUUGCGUUGAUCUAAAUUGUAGUUAUUAAAGAGCCCUAAAGGUUUCUCUAAAGUUUUUUUUUUUUUUUUUUUUUUUUUUUUUAGUUCUUGUUUCAUGUUAUUUGUUUUGUUUUAAUUUGGUUUCAUGUUUUUUUUUCUCUUUUUUUUGGUUUUUUUUUUUUUUGGUUUUCAUUUGUUUUGUUUUUGUUGGCUUUUGCCUUCUUUUUUUCUUUUUUUUUGUAAUUUGCAUACGCUACCUCACAUUUUUGCUAUUUAUUGGCCAACUGUUUAUUGAAAAUCCACAUGACAGUAUUAUAUCAUUGGGGAGCUGUUGAAAUUAUUUUCUUUAUGGACAAAAUUCACUUUCCAAAAAUGUCCAUAAUAUUUCAUUUUAAAGAUAAUUUCUACCACUUAAAAUCUUCCCUCUCCUCCGCUGCCAAAUUAUGCAUAGAUUUUUUUGUUGUUGUUUUGCUUUUAAAUCUUAUUUAAGAUGGUUUAUUUUCAGGCUUCAUUCCUCUUUCAAAGAGUAAAUGUAUAGCUUUAUAAUCUUUUUUGUUUGAUUGUUUUUUAUUUUUUUAUAACAACUUAUUUUUAUCAUUGAUAUUAUUUUUUAAUGCAGUAGUUCACUUUGCCUAAACUGGGGCUUUCAAACACUUAACUAGUCUCAGCAGUCAGAUCAAAUCACAGCAUCCUCUCAACAAUAAUGCCGUAAACAUGCCACUUUCUACAUUGUUUUCCUGUUUUCAUUGUAGUUUUUGCUUCUCUAUAUACUGCUGAAGGCAGAGAGUAAAAACGGCAACCAGAUACAUAUCUGAUCAAUGUUGUCUCGCAAGGGAAACUUCACAUGUCCAAGCCAAAGUUUUUAACUGGUCAUGUACAUAGUUUGGGGAAAUCAUUGAAUACUGUUGACGAAAGCUAAAGAAAGAGGUCUGUUGUAUGAACAGUGUUAUCUGUAUGAAUGUCUUGUUAGAAUGGAUGAAAAUUUCACAACUUUUGCUCUUAGAGAACAGCAUUCUGCCUAAACCGCUCAAAUCUCUAGAGUUCUGUGUCGGAGGGUGUUCCAGGUUUCUAGUAGCAUUUCUGUUGAGCCAAACUUAAUUACCACUGUGAAAUAUGUAUGAAAUAUUGAAAGACUCUUAUUUCUCAUCAACUGAAUGAGCUCCUCCUAAACGUGGGGCAUUAAACCCCUUGGAAAUCAUUGGGGAUCAUUCACCCAUACCUAUUUUGCUGCUGUAUUUUAAAGAUUACCAUGUCACAGAUAUUCAAACUAAAUGUUAGCCAUCAAAGAAAGGUAUUAUCCCUGUCGGAAAAAAGAGAAAAAAAGAUAAACAUUUGUGAAAUAAACACAACUGUAUUACUGUAAGGUAAUUAUAGUCAUCAAGAGUAAUGCACUUAUGUUAUAUGAACUGUAAACAAUUUUUAGAUAUUUAAUGUUAAAAGAAAAAAAUGCCUAUCCAACAUUGAAAAUCAAAAUGUAAAAGAUUGUCUUCCUGAACAAUGUUUCACUCUUCUCAAAUUGAAAUCUUGCUUCACUUGGAAUUAUAUAUGUGUGCUUUUAGUUUAACUGGAAGCUGCAUUACGAUUACAGUAACGGCAAACAUACAGCUGAAUUUGAAACAUUCACAGAAUUUUUUUGAUACAGGGAUAAUUUAUUAAAAUGGCAAAAAUUAUCACUUUUCAAGUAGUGCAAUCAACUACUGAUGUGUGUCUUUGUCCAUGUUUGUUAGUCAUAAUUUUGUUAAAUUAAUUUUGAUGAACUGCUAGAGAUGUAUUAAUUUAAUGAACUUAGUUUUGUAAAGUGUUGUUUAAACAAUAAAAUUGACAUUGCACUGACAGAUGUACAUACAUGUUUUGUAAAUAAGCCAAUGAAAAGGAUGUAUUUGAAAAUGAACUGUACAAAUGUACUUGUAGUUGUAUAUGGAGUGAUACUGUUGAUCUGUAAUAAUUAUUCAAGAAACAAAUUAAAUGCAGCCAAUUGCA